CCCCGGAACAACAAAUCCUCACCUCCCAAGGCUCAAACAACCAACCACCACACCUCCUACCUUGCCUUCUACCUCAACCCAAUCCACCAAACCCCCAACACCACAAAUCCCCACAAACCCGAAAAACAAAAGAUGUUAAUAAUCGGCCUAACCGGCUCCAUCGCCACCGGCAAAUCGACCGUCUCCUCCCUCCUCUCCUCCCCGCCCUACUCCCUGCCCAUCAUCGAUACAGACCUAUUGGCCCGGAAAGUCGUCGAACCAGGCACGGAAGGCUACAAAGCCAUCGUCAACUACUUCGGCCCGACAACCCCGGACCUCCUCCUUCCGCCAUCCCCAGACUCCUCGUCCCCCAAUGACACCACCGACCAGAAAAGCGAAAGCGCCCGCCCACUCAACCGCCUCGCCCUCGGGCGCCGCGUCUUCGGCACAACCGAGGACCGCAAACGCGACCGCAUGAUCCUCAACAAGAUCGUGCACCCGCUCGUGCGCCGCGAGGUCUACAAGGCGCUGGCGUACUACUACGUGCGCGGCCAUUGGGCCGUCGUCCUCGACGUGCCGCUGCUGUUCGAGAGCGGGAUGGAUCUGAUCUGUGGGACGGUCGUGGUGGUCGGGGUGCGCGACCCGGCCGUGCAGAUGCAACGGCUCCGCGCCCGCGACCCGCAUUUGUCGGUGGAGGAGGCCGAGAAUCGCGUCCGGAGUCAGGGCGAUGUCGUCUCCAAGGCGGCGCGCGCGGAGUGGAGAGGCCAGCGCAGGGGGUUGGUGGUGUGGAAUGAUGGUGACAAAACGCAGUUGGAGGGGGAGGUACGGCGCGCGUUGGACGUGGUGCAGGCGUCCAGUCCUAGGUGGUGGGCUUGGGUGCUCUUGGUGCUGCCGCCGGUGGGGGUCGUGGCCGCGGUGUGGAAUCUUGGGGUGAAUUUUUGGGGGAGGAGGGGGUGGGAGGCCGGGGAG